GUUUUUGUCAACCGGACUGCUGCAUGCUUUCGAGUUUUCUUUGACAGUCUGCCUCAUGAGCUCAGUACCUGUCGACGUGCUCCCUGGAAAAGGAGUGGUAGAAUGGAACUACACAGGCGGAAUGACGAUGUUCAGUUGAAGAGACGACAUGGCCCAUAUGGGUAAUUUCAAUUAUUUGCGAUGACAGUGUUCUUCGCAAUAUUUUUUAUCUGUCUACAUGUAGUUCCGCACGUAUUUGGAUCAAGCCAAAUCAAGUCUGAAAACUGAGAAUGUCGUAGAUCUAUCCUUCCUAGAUCUAUAGAACAAUGUGGAAUCGUCUCGUUUCCUCAACACUUCGCUUGGCCAAAAUAUCGAAGAAUGCUCAUAUUGGACACCGGCAGUUACAUCUGACAGGUCCCCAAGCAUUUGCCAGCUUCGAAUCCGAAUCAGAAAUUCGGGAACAAUAUGAACGGGAUGGAUUUGUUAUUGUGCGGAAUGCUAUCGACCGGGAUCUUGCUAGAGAAAUACAAGGACACGUUGAUUGGAUGUUGCAAAGAUUCCCAGAACUUCCACCAGAACAGCUUCACCAUCCUUUAAUUGAGUACGAUGCCUUUUGGCUGCGAAUCGUCAGUGACCCGGCGUUACUACGACUGGCUGCUGAGUUUGUCGGGGAAAGUAUUGCAUUGUUUGCCUCGCACUAUUUCUGCAAAAUGCCUCGCUCAGGCCAGGAGGUUCUGUGGCAUCAGGAUGGUGCCUAUUGGCCACUGAAGCCAAUGAAGGUGGUGUCACUGUGGCUGGCUGUUGAUCAUUCCAGCCGUGAAAAUGGCUGCUUGCGAGUCGUGCGUGGAUCACAUCGACAGGCACUCAAGGAACUAUCCCGUGCUGGUGGUGACAAUGUUCUCUCAUCUUAUACGGAUGUAGACAUUCGUGAGGAGGAUGUUGUUGACAUUGAAUUGCAGCCGGGUGAUGUGGAAAUCCAUCAUCCAAAUAUUAUACAUGGUUCUGAAGCUAAUACAUCAGACAAGAGGCGCUGUGGCCUCACCAUUCGCUACAUUCCAACAAGUACAUCUGUUGUUGCAUCACCGGAUGACCCGAUUGUCCCAAUGAACUGGUUACUCCGUGGCAAUGCAAUUCCUGGAGUGAACAUCUAUCGCUCAUGGCCUGCAUACAAUGCCACCUAUAGCUUUCCAUUCCAAGGCUCGCACGAAUGGAACGAUCGAUCAGAAGUUGCUGCAAAGGCUGUGGAGGAGUCAAAGUCUCUAACGGAAGAAGUUGUAAAACAGACAAGCUUGUCAAAGGCACAGAUCGUUGUCAAUGGCUUGAAGAAUACGUAAAGUGACCUGAAGAGGUCAAGAGGUUGUAACGACUGUUUUAUGGUAAUUUUGAUCAUGUUGAACUUGCCUGUUUUUGUGUGUGGCUGGUACCACGCACCGGAGUACUUUUUUAAUAACACCUUCGUACCAAUUUUUUUUAAACAAAACACUCCUGUGCUGUUUCUGGUGGUAUUCUAUCAAUAAAUGAAUUUGGUAGAACUUGAGAAGUAGCUCUUUUGAAUAUCAUCCAUGCUUGUGACUAUUAUCACUUUUACAAUGGAUACAUGUAAUGUGAGGGCGCUGUGUGUCACCAUAUGCAUGUAAAAUACACUGAGUGUUUAAUGCUUUGAUUGUUAUUGUUGUUGUUGUUAUCGUCAUCGUCGACUUCGGCCUUUCUUCUCCAUCUCGUGGUACUACUGUCUUGUGAAUGCAACGUCUUGUACACCUUCCCGGAAGUCACUCCAUUGGUGUUCGACGUGGGGGCUCAAGCCCCGAUAUCAUAAUUAUAUCAUUCUUAUUCUGUACCAGA